AUGUGCUUCUCUGCCCACACUCCUCUGAAAGACAAAAUGUUAGCACAUAGCAAAGCAAUGAAGGCCGGAGAAAUGAACCCGUACCAUAACCUGGAAGGUGGGAUGGCCAAUCAUCUCAAGCCAAUAGAUGACUUCUGCACAAAGUUCUUUGUGGGAACUGAGGAAGGUGAAGUGAUAUACACAGAUUGGAAAAUGGAAAGAGACCCUGAAACUGGCCGAUUGAUGACAAAGAAGCCAGUGAACCUCUACAUGGUCCACGAUGGAUGUGUCCACACCGUGCAGAGAUCACCUUUUUACAAUGACAUUAUCCUCACCAUUGGGGGGUGGAAUGUGGCCAUCUGGAAAGAAGGUGUCAUGACGGGACCCCUCCUUCAGUCAUGCUGUGCGCCAAAAAGGUACACCUCAGGGCACUGGUCCCACACGAGGCCUGGAGUUUUCUAUAUUGGCCGAGAAGACGGAUACAUUGAUAUCUGGGACCUUCUGGAGAAAACCCACGAACCAGCCCUGUCACAAAAUAUUUGCGUAACUAUGGUCACCAGUAUCAAACCCUGGACCUUUUCUUCUAAGCAGCAAUUUUUAGCCGUAGCUGAUUAUUUUGGAACACUGCAUAUAUUAGAAAUUCCUUGGACAUUAAGUCACCCUUCCACUAAUGAGAUGUCAAGUGUCAACCACUACUUUGAAAGAGAAGUCAGACAUCUGGAAUACGUAGAACAGCGCAAAAAUAUUCGUGCUCAAGAAAAGAAAGAAAUGGAGCAGGAAAUGGAGAAGAAAAAAGUUAAAACAUAUCAGAAGUCAAAAGAACAAACGGAGGAUGAAUUGAAAAUGGACUACGAGAAUUAUUUGGAACUGGAAAAGACCGUCCUCAUCAAUCUUGGCCUCAUCAGACCCGCAGAGAAGGUGUCAUACAUGGAAAUCAUGUAGAAAAGCUUUCUGAAGGGGUGUUUGGGGGACUUUGAGGGGCUUCUCCCCUCUUUUUAUUCAUUAUUUUUUAUGUAAGGUGAAUUAGCAAACUGAACAUAUAUAGAUUUAUUUAUAAAUAUAGGCUUUUAUUUCACUGUUAUUAAAACUUUUGAAUUAUAACAAUUAAA